UUUGGCCUAACCAACUAUCUUCCAGAGGAGAGAGCUUUUGCUCCAUGGAAACGCUUUCUUUGUCAAUAUGAGGUUCUUGAUCAAUAUCUAUUACAACACACCCACCGGAGAUGGUCUUCAGGAGUACGCCCGCAGGACUAUGCUACCGGCAUUCAAUUUCCUUUUGGGAAACCUUGGACCAAACAAAGACAAUUUCUUGUUUACAACGACAGUGGCGGCGGCAGGACUCUUUUCUUGUGAAGUCGGUCUCCCUGAGUGUAGAAUAUUAACUAAGAACACAUUUGACGUCUGGCGCAAGAAUUCCUCAUACGAGAUCCCACCUUUUGUAAAGCAGACCGUUCUGUGCACCGGCCUCGAAAUGGAACCUACAGUUGAAACUUUUCUGGAAGUUUGGACAUUCUAUAUCUCCUCUGAUAAUGAUGCAGAAAAGAGAACAAUCAUGUAUGCAAUGGGUAUCUGGACACUGUGA